AUGGAUGGAGAUCUUUAUAGAAGAUCGGUUGAAGAUGGUUUACUAUUUCAAUGUAUUAGCAAAUUUGAAGGUUUAAAGAUUAUGACUGAGGUACACGAAGGAAUAUGUGGAGCUUACCAAGAAACAAUUGUUGCCGAUAAUGGGUCUGUGUUUCGAGUGGGAGAAGUGUUACAACUCGGCCGCAAUAUACAGGUAAAAAUGUUAACUUCAACACCAUACUAUGCUCAAGUGAAUGGCCAAGCAGAAGCUUCAAAUAAAGUUGUAAUUGAAAUUAUUGAGAAAAUGAUAAAGGAUAAGCCGAGACGCUGGUAUGAAACCCUUUCAGAGGCUUUAUGGGCUUAUAGAAACUCAAAAAGGACAAGUACAGGAAUAACUCCUUAUUGGCUAACAUUUGGCUAUGAUGCUGUGUUGCCGAUGGAGUUAAAUGUGAAAUCGGUAAGGAUAGCUUUGCAACAUAAUCUAAUACCUGCCGAUUACAAUGAAGCUAUGCUUGCCAAGUUGGAAGACUUGGAUGAGGUUCAAAAACUUGCUUUAGACCACCUUAUAGUCCAUAAGGCAAAAGUAAUGAAGGCUUACAAUAAAAGGAUCAAGUUUAAGUCAUUUGCAGAGGGUGAUAUAGUUUGGCAAACAAUUCUUCCAACUGGAAAUGUAGAUAGAACUUAUGGAAAAUGGUCACCUACAUGGAAGGGACCAUUUGUGGUUCACCAAGUGUUGCAUGAAGGAGCUUACAAAUUGAAGGAUCUAGAUGGUGAAAUUCAUGAGAGACCGAAAAAUGGAAGGUACUUAAAGAAAUAUAAUCCAACUAUUUUUGAACUUAUGGAGGAAAAGAAAACCUCUACUAAAUAA